GCCGUAAUCUAGCAGCAAACGAUAACGAUACUCCUCCUCUCAUUCUCUUAGAAAAUCGUAAAAAAGUUUCUUUUGUAUUUUUAUUAUUUUAUUGUACAUUUUUAUAUUCACCCGCACACACUUCAUCCUCUUGCAUACACGUUUCCGUAAAAAUAAUACCACCCCUUCCCCACUAUAUACUUUGCAUCAUUCAAAACCCAAAAAACAAGGCCCUGUUUAUUUAGAAAGAAGACUCCGAAGCUUCUCUGCUUUUUACAUAUUCUACAACUCACAUUUUCUUCUUUUUAUUCCUGUUGUCCGGCUUUUCUUUUUCCAACUUAAUUGAUGUUCAACUGGCUAUGGAAUGCAUUCAGUCGACAAUCCGUCUCUCACGUGGAGCAAUCACAACACGAUGACGAUCCUUCCAACACCGAUCGUCAUGUUAAAGAGAUUAACGCACAAAGUGACACUAAUGAUCCUGCACCAUUUGACGACACAGACACGAAUAAGACGCCAACACAAGAUACACCAACAAAUGAAAACAGCAAAUCUCGAUCGCGUUACACGGUCAAAGAUAUACAGCCAGUGUUGUUUUACUGUCCCUAUCAGCAUUGUUCCUACUCGGCCUCACUUGCAGCAACGACAUGUCAACAUAUUCGCCGAACACACGAUUCAAAUUUUUUCGUAUUGCUAUCAAACCAAGACGCACAUGCUGCUCUGUUUACUACAAGUACACCAUCUGAUCAAUCCAUUUCGUUGCUAGAUCGCAAUACAUCCAUUGAACCGACAGUACGAUUGAUAGCCGUAGACAACAAUGAUGUCAAUGGAGAUAAAAAACAUAUCCAUUACUAUUGCCCAUACCAGAACUGUUCACAUGAUACGGAUGAGCAACAGGAGAUCACUCGGCAUAUUCGCCUAAAACACUAUCCCGAUUUACCUGAAAAUGGCAAAGCAGAGCACCAAUGUUAUCGAACAGUGGAUGGCAAAGUCAUUGUUGAUUUCUCUGAGAAAUAUCAUUCGGUUCUACUACCCAACACAGUAUUGAUACCAUGUGAUGCGAGUGGUGACGUUCCUAAACAAUAUGCUAAUGCUAUUUUGAAUGAUCCAAUUACGGCCUCUUCAUCGAAAGCUGCGCCAAAUGGAAACAAGUCAGCAGUAGCAUCUACUAAACCGAAAGAAAAAGCAACAAAAAGACGGCAGCAGGCACCCGAGCCACCAGCUAGGCGCAGGAAUCCAAAGCGACGGAAACGCAAUCCUUUAGAGCAAGAGGAAUGGGUUCUUUAUUAAUCAACGCAAAGUGUUUAAAGAUGUACAUAAUAAAAAGAGGAUGUGUAAUAAUAGCAUCGUAUGUAACUAUACAUAGGUCUCACACUUACAAACACGAGUUCUUUGAAGAUGACGGAAUAUCACCUAAGCCAUGUAGAUGGAUGAUUGCUCCAAUAGCAAAUAUGCUGCGAAGGCUGUCUUUCUUCUUCUUCUUAUUUAUAUAACAAUAGGACAAAAUU